AUGAAAAAGCUAACCACGAAUUCUCUAAACAACUCAGAUUUAGUCAUCACUGUUCAAUUCCUCUUCUUGUUCGUUUCUGUGGAAUCAGCCCUCUCAAUGGGACCCAUGUUCCCCUUAUUUGCUGCCGAAUUUCACCUCGAUGAUACGGAACUGAGUCUGCUGACUGGCGCAUGUGUCAUGGCUUUGGGCUUUUCGAACUUCCUCAUUGUUCCCUGCUCGAAUAUAUUCGGUCGACGCUUGACAAGUCUUGUGUUCUGCUUGCUGGGGAUGGCGUCUUGUAUUUGGCAAGCUUUGGGUUCCUCAUACAACAGCAUUCUUGCUGCGCGUGUGGUUAAUGGGAUUGCCACAGCAACAAGUGAGACGCUGCUAAUGCAGGUCAUUGGUGACAUGCUUUUUCUUCACGAAAAGGGCCUCUGGACAGGUGUUUACUUUAUGGGAUAUGCCCUGGGUACAUUCAUUGGGCCAAUUAUCUCCGGGAAUAUUGCGCAAAGAUAUGGCUGGCGUAGCUUUUUCUGGCUCUCUUUAGCACUUACAUGCUUCAACUUCGUCACUAUUCUGUUCUGCUUCCCCGAAACCCGUUUUCGCAGAGAUCCAGCAUCUCGACAACUGGAGCUUAGCACAAACGUAUGCUCUGUUCAAAAUAUCAAGGAAAGCAGCCAAGAGGUUGAGUCCGAGCAACUUGAAUACAUCGAACGCGCCAACAUUACUGGCACAGGUCGACCCUCAAAAUCUCAAUUCCGUCUCUGGCAAGCCCCAGAGGCCGAAUGGAAAAGUUUUCUUCUAAGAGAUAUCAUUCUACCAUUCCGCCUGUUUCUCAUUCCGAUUAUCCUGUGGGCAGCGUUGAAUGUGGCUGGCCCGGCAAAUAUCCUUCUAUUCUGGAACCUUACCGAAUCUCCUGUCCUAAGUGCACCUCCAUAUAAUUUCCCGCCAUCUAGUGUGGGAUACGCAAACUUCGCCUUCGUCGUCGGAGGUCUGAUUGGUCUUGGUACUGCGGGACCGUUGUCGGAUUGGAUUGCCGUGCGGGCUACAGAGCGCAAUAAUGGCAUCCGCGAAGCCGAAAUGCGUUUGCCGGCCCUGAUACCUUAUUUCAUUUUCACAGUAAUCGGGAUUGUGAUCGGGGGCGUGGGCUACGAUCGGCUCUGGAACUGGCCUGUGAUUUUGAUUGUGGGGUAUGGAUUCAGCGGUAUCUGCGUGACUGGUGUUCCUACUAUUGCAAUUGCCUAUGCUAUUGACUGCUACAAGCCCAUUUCGGGGGAGAUUAUGGUCGUUGCCACAGUCGUGAAGAACUCGUGUGGGUUCGCUAUGAGUUAUUGGGUUAUGCCAAUGGCUGCUCGACGAGGCUUUUUGGCGCCUGCAAUGGUCCAGUUUGGGCUCACGGUUGGACCGAUGGCCCUGGGUGUGCCAAUUUAUUUCUUUGGAAAGUACCUCCGUAGGCAGACAAGGCAUUCAGUCAUACAUUCAUAUGCCGAUUGA